UUUUUUUUUAGGACUGAGGCAGGAAGCAUGUAAAAGAUGGUUUUAAAGGAAGAGGAGGGCUACUUGCAUGGGAUUGCAUUUUAGUUGUGCUCUAAGUGAUGAAAGUUGACUCUUGCACUAAAACUGAAGCGUCCCGCCCUAGGAAACCACCGCCAGGCACACGGAGUUUACCGAAAAUGGACUCUACGAAGGGCAGCCAUAAGCUCAAAACUAACAAUCCGGGGUUCACAAGAGAGGGAAGCAAUCUGGGACCCAGAGAGCCCCGAGUCUCUCCCCUCCAAGGACUAUGAUAGUCAGUACCCCCUCCCUCCUCCUGGAGUGGGAAGUGAAUGUCACCUGCAGAUCUGCCCCCAUCUAUCGGCCCUUCUCCUCCCCCUCCACCCAGUUCGGACAGUCUCUACUGUCCAGUUCCAGCCCCGGCCGCCUUAGGCUCCAGUGUCCUAACCCCCUCCUCUCACCUCGCCUUCAAGCCGGUCUCCCGUGGUCCCAGCCCUUCGAAGAGAUGCCGGGCGCUGAUUGGCGGCGGCGCUGACAGGAGGCGGGGCCUGGAAGUCCCAGCCAAACCCGCCCUCGCGUAUAAGCCCCUUCUCGACUCUCUCUCUCCAUCUCUCUCCUCUCUCUUUCUCUCUCGCUCCCUUCCUCCCUGUAACUGAACAGUGAAAAUUCACAUUGUGGAUCCGCUAACAGGCACAGAUGUCAUGUGAAAACGCACAUGCUCUGCCAUCCACACCGCCUUUCUUCCUUUUCUGUUUCCUUUUUUUCCCCUUGCUCCUUCUCCCUCUUCUUUGUAACUAACAAAACCACCACCAACUCCUGCUCCUGCUGCUGCCCUUCCUCCUCCUCCUCAGUCCAAGUGAUCACAAAAGAAAUCUUCUGAGCCGGAGGCGGUGGCGGUUUUUAAAAACCAAGCGCAUUGAAGAGAAAGAAAAAAGAAAAUAGCAAAACAAAACCCAGGCACCAGCCAGCCGGCCAGCACGCACAUUUUUUUUCACCCUUCCUGAAAAACAAACAACCAAACAACCAUCAAAACAGUCACCACCACCAUCAUCAAAACUGUUAACACAGCAGCGGCGGCGGCAAACGUCACCCUCCGGCCACGGCAUCCACCUAAAGGGAUGGUUUUCUCGGCAGAGCAGCUCUUUACCGACUACCUUCUUCACUCGUGCUGAGCGGGAUUUUUGGGCUCUCCGGGUUCGGGCUGGGAGCACCUUCAUGACUACGCGGAGCGGGAGAGCGGCUACACCAUGCGAGCACAAAUUGAAGUGAUACCAUGCAAAAUUUGUGGCGAUAAGUCCUCUGGGAUCCACUACGGAGUCAUCACGUGUGAAGGCUGCAAGGGAUUCUUUAGGAGGAGCCAGCAGAACAAUGCCUCUUACUCCUGCCCGAGGCAGAGAAACUGUUUAAUUGACAGAACCAACAGAAACCGUUGCCAACACUGCCGACUGCAGAAGUGUCUUGCCCUAGGAAUGUCAAGAGAUGCUGUGAAGUUUGGGAGGAUGUCCAAGAAGCAAAGAGACAGCCUGUAUGCUGAGGUGCAGAAGCACCAGCAGCGGCUGCAGGAGCAGCGGCAGCAGCAGAGUGGGGAGGCGGAAGCCCUCGCCAGGGUGUAUGGCAGCAGCAUCAGCAAUGGCCUCAGCAGCCUGAACAAUGAGGCCAGUGGCACAUAUGCUAAUGGACACGUCAUUGACCUGCCCAAGUCCGAGGGUUAUUACAACGUGGAUUCCGGCCAGCCGUCCCCCGAUCAGUCAGGACUUGACAUGACUGGAAUCAAGCAGAUAAAGCAAGAACCUAUCUAUGACCUCACAUCCGUACCCAACCUGUUUACCUAUAGCUCUUUCAACAACGGGCAGUUAGCACCAGGGAUAACAAUGAGCGAAAUCGAUCGAAUUGCACAGAACAUCAUUAAGUCCCAUUUGGAGACAUGUCAGUACACCAUGGAGGAGCUGCACCAGCUGGCAUGGCAGACCCACACCUACGAAGAGAUCAAAGCGUAUCAAAGCAAGUCCAGGGAAGCACUGUGGCAGCAAUGUGCCAUCCAGAUAACCCACGCCAUCCAGUAUGUGGUAGAGUUUGCAAAGCGAAUAACAGGCUUCAUGGAACUCUGUCAAAAUGAUCAAAUCCUACUUCUUAAGUCAGGUUGCUUGGAAGUGGUUUUAGUGAGAAUGUGUCGUGCCUUCAACCCAUUAAACAACACUGUUCUGUUUGAAGGAAAAUAUGGAGGAAUGCAGAUGUUCAAGGCCUUAGGUUCUGAUGACUUAGUGAAUGAAGCAUUUGACUUUGCAAAGAAUUUGUGUUCCUUGCAGCUGACUGAGGAAGAGAUUGCUUUGUUCUCCUCUGCUGUUCUGAUAUCUCCAGACCGAGCCUGGCUGAUAGAACCAAGGAAGGUCCAGAAGCUUCAGGAAAAAAUUUAUUUUGCACUUCAACAUGUGAUUCAGAAGAAUCACCUGGAUGAUGAGACCUUGGCGAAGCUAAUAGCCAAGAUACCAACCAUCACAGCAGUUUGCAACUUGCACGGGGAGAAGCUGCAGGUAUUUAAGCAAUCGCAUCCAGACAUAGUGAAUACACUCUUUCCUCCGUUAUACAAGGAGCUCUUUAAUCCUGACUGUGCCACCGUCUGCAAAUGAAGGCGACAAGCGAACUGUCUCAUAGUCGUGGAAUGCAUCACCAUUAAGACAAAAGCAAUGUGUUCAUGAAGACUUAAGGAAAAUGUCAC